CCGGGGCGCCCGUUGAUGCUGCAGAGCCCGCCCGGCGCCACCCCCGCCACAGCCACAGCCCCCGCCAUGGACAAGAGCAGCCCCUGCGGCUCCGGAGCGCCCGGACCCUCGGCCGGCAGCAAAGGGCAACAGCCGCGGUCCGCCUCGGCCGGGCCCGCCGCGGGGGAGUCUAAGCCCAAAGGCGAUGGAAAGAAUGCGAGUGGAUCCAAACAGCGUUAUAAUCGUAAAAGAGAAACUUCAUAUUCAAAAAAUGAGAACUUUUCCAGUCAGUCCCGUCGCUCCAAUUCACAGAAAAGCAAAGCUUUUAACAAGAUGCCCCCUCAAAGGGGAGGCAGCGGCGGAAAUGGCAAACCUUUUAGCUCUUCUAAUGGUGGGAGACGAGAUGAGGUAGCAGAGGCUCAACGGGCAGAGUUCAGCCCUGCCCAGUUCUCUGGUCCCAAGAAGAUAAAUCUGAACCACUUACUGAACUUCACUUUUGAACCCCGUGGCCAAGCAGGACAUUUUGAUGGGAACGGACAUGGCAACUGGGGGAAAAGGAACAAGUGGGGACAUAAACCGUUCAACAAGGAGCUUUUCCUACAGGCCAACUGCCAGUUUGUUGUCUCUGAAGAACAGGACUACACAGUCCACUUUGCUGAUCCAGAUACCUUGGUCAACUGGGACUUUGUGGAGCAAGUGCGAAUCUGUAGCCAUGAAGUGCCCUCUUGCCCAAUAUGUUUGUACCCACCAACCGCAGCCAAGAUCACCCGCUGUGGGCACAUCUUCUGCUGGGCAUGUAUCCUUCACUAUCUCUCCUUGAGCGAAAAGACCUGGAGUAAGUGUCCUAUUUGUUAUGGCUCUGUUCACAAGAAGGAUCUCAAGAGUGUUGUUGCUAUGGAGACACGCCAGUAUGCCAUCGGUGAUACCAUUACGAUGCAACUUAUGAGAAGGGAGAAGGGUGUUCUCAUAGCACUGCCCAAGUCCCAGUGGAUGAAUGUGGUGCAGCCUGUUUACAUCAGAGAUGACCAGCACAGCCAGUAUUCAAAGCUGCUUCUGGCAUCCAGGGAGCAGGUCUUGCAGCUGGUGAUUCUGGAGGAGAAAGCGGCAUUACUGAAACAGUAUGAGGAAGAAAAGCACACCCCAGAAGCUUGCUUUAUUGAGGCAGCUAUCCAGGAGCUGAAGGAGCGAGAGACAGCAUUGUCUGCUGACCAGGAUAAAAACAAUGGCAUUGCUGGAAUCAGUGCAGCUGUGGAAGAAUUGGUCCUAGAAAGCUCCAAGGCUGUGGAGCCUGCAGUUACCCAAGAGAAGAAGUGUGGUGUGGAAUAUCUCUCUGCAUUUGAUGAGGAGCUUGUGGAGCCUUGCUCUGACCUGGCAAGUUCCUUUCCGCCUCCUGUGGAAGUAGAAGAGGCAGUGCUGGAUGAAGAGGAAGUACCCGAGGUGGACACUGCAGGGGAACCCGAUACGAACACUACAGAAGAACCAAAUCCAGCUGAAACAAGCUACCAAGACUCUAAAGAUACAGUUAGCUCUGGACAUCUUGGCAACUCUCCUUUUUACUAUUUCUAUCAAGCGGAGGACGGACAGUGCAUGUACCUUCACCCCGUGAACGUUCGGUGCCUGGUCCGUGAGUACGGCAGCCUGGAGAAGAGCCCCGAGAAGAUAACUGCAGCUGUAGUGGAGAUAACUGGCUACUCAAUGACAGAGGAUAUAAGACAACGUCAUCGCUACCUCUGUCACUUGCCCCUCACCUGUGAGUUCAGCAUUUGUGAACUGGCUCUGAAGCCACCUGUCAUCUCUAAGGAGACUUUAGAGUUGUUUUCAGAUGACCUCGAAAAGAGGAAGCGCCUGCGGCAGAAGAAAGCUCGCGACGAGCGACGGCGCGAACGCAGAAUUGAGAUAGAAGAGAACAAGAAACAGGGCAAAUAUCCAGAGGUCCAUAUUGCUUUAGAGAAUCUGCAGCAGUUUCCUGCUUUUACUUCUUGCCCCGGAGAAACUACCAGCAUUGAUCAUCAGAGCUUCUGUCAGUCUCCUCUUGGCAGAAGCCCUGUGUUUCAGACAGAGUCUAUUCCAGCUCCAUUGUCACCUGCUGCCAGCCAGGUCAGCCCCUUGCUCUGUGGGAGUUUGGAAGAAGAGUCUCCCUUCCCUUCCUUUGCCCAGAUGUUGAGAGUUGGAAAGGCAAAACCAGAAACAUGGCCUAAACCUGCUCCAAAGACAAGAGAUGAGAACACUCUGGCACUCCCUGUGCCUGUGGAUAGUGAUGGAGAAAGUGACAGCUCUGACCGCAUCCCUGUGCCCAGCUUCCAGAAUUCCUUCAGCCAAGCUAUCGAGGCAGCCCUCCUGAAACUGGACAAACCGUCCACGGCCGAUCAUCUGUCAGAGGAAAAGGGAGGCAAGAAAAGAAAGAAACAGAAGCAGAAGCUGUUGUUCAGCACCUCUGUUGUUCACACAAAGUGAUUCUGCUAUUCAAGAGAAGUUUCCUCUCCUGGUUUUCUUUUAAUUUUGCUUUGUUUUGCUGCUAUAGUUUUAAGUAUUUAAAUUUGAACAGCCUAAACUUGUGUUUCCAGAGCUUCUAGGGGCUUCAGAAGGAAACCAUGACAAUAUGUGUUGAAGUAACAUGUUUUGAUUCCAACUGCUUAUGAAUUUAUACUGAAACAGAGUUUUGAAAGUAACAACCAAGAGACAAAUCCACCAAGGCUUCUAAUUGCCGAGUCAGUUCUUUGGCCUGGUAAGCAGUAUGAAAGUCUUUACAGCUAUGUAGCACUGCCAAAGUACUGCAAUAUUACCCAAGAGAAAAGGCAGAGAGCCUUUAUUUCCCUAUAGUUAAUUAUUCAUGGACAGAAGUCCGUCUGACUGACAGUGGUGCUGUUUCAGUAAAGCUGUCAAACUGCUCUCUUGAGAAACUGGUUUUGGCUGCACUGGAAACAGGCAAAAGAGCUUACUGGCUUUAGAGUGUUAGCUGCUAUAUCUGUUCUUUUUCUAAAGAGCAAGAAUUCCUCCUGUUCUCCUGGCUUGGAAAGAUUUAAAGCUGAGGUGAGUGAGUGUAAAGCAGAACUUGGCUACUUGGUUUUGAAGUGAUUCAGUGAAUUUGUGUAUUUCAAAAUGGCACUAGUGGUAGGAGGAACCUCCUAGCUUCUCUCAGUUGUUCAGCUCUGUUUUAAUGUGGGUGAGUGAGGCUGCUAAAUUUUUUUUUUCUUUAAUUUUUGGUUUUUUGGCAACCCUGAGCUACACAUUCUUUGUAACCUGAUCGUAUAGAACAAACGCUCCCCCCUAGGACUUUUGGUAACCACCUGAACGAUGGUUUGACACUGGCUGCUCUUGAGCUGGAAGAACAACUGAUAGCUGAAGUCUGUAGAUAACUUUUUAUACCCCAGAAAUGAAGUGGGGUAUAAGUUCUCUUGUACUGGGAUAAGGGCCUGUAUCUGCUUGGUUCUGGGAUGUAAAUUGAUGUGUGCUACAAACAUGCCUCUUCUGGACCCCUCCCCGCUCUUUCUUUGGGUGGUCACAUUCUGCACUGCUUGUGGUUUGAUUUGAGCUAAUGAGUUAAGUGGUGUGGAUUUUGUUGAAUAAAAUGAACUCUAGGUGUAAUGUACCAGUCAAGGCCAGCAGUUGCAAUAAAUCAUAUGCACACACACUUCAGAGUACUAAACCCUUCCUCCUCAGCUGCACCUGACCUGUCAGACCAGCGUGGAGCCCUGGAAAAAGUAGUUCAGAGAUUCAAAUUUUACCUUCCUGCUACCAGAAUUAAUUCCAGAGAGCUGGUACAAAGUACCACUGAAGUUACAGUGGGAGCCUGAGCGUCUCCUCUUGUCUUUGGCCCCACUUGCACCAGUGGUCUGCCUGCACUUGCACAGGCUUCAGUGUGCUCUUUUCCUCACACCGUGAUGGAUCUGAGCAGGGAAGCGUGUCUGAGGCUCCUGGAGUCAGGUAUUCCGACACCACUGGCAGUCAUUGGUUGUGUCCCUGUUGAAAAAGCUGAUGUCAAUAUGUGGAUGCUCGAUUCCAAAGCAACAGGCUCCACACUACACCAGUGCUUCCUCGAGGCACAUGUGCCUCACGGGGAGCGGGUGCCAAACCUCAAGUGGCUGUAAACCAGAAAGAACGGGAGAGAGGGGAGGUAAAGAAUACUUCAGCUGCUGCAGGAGGAUAGAGAGAACACCUGCCAAACAUUCUUUGAAAGUAGCUUAACUUCACGCUUGGUCACAACUAACCACACUUGAUGGAAAGACAGUACAGCUUGUCAGGGAUUGCAGAGAAACUAAGACAAGAUGCCUGGAAGUGGUAACACAUCUUGCUGUCAGUGCUUUAAAUGCAUAUUGGAAAACAAUUGGUGAAGGCAGAGAAAGCAACUAAGCGAUUCAAAUAUGCAGUUAACUGUGUUCACAGUGUGUCAUUUUGAGCCAUGGAACAGGAGUAACUUAGUGUCUAACCAGUAUCUGUUGUGUUCUAUUAUCUCUGCACAUUUAUAGUCAACUUUUCUUUGCAUUGGGAAGAGAGACAGAAUAGCUGGAGCUGGUGUGACUCACCUCCACAUGUCACAGGCACUAGGACAAGGGAAGUGAUGUGGGGAAGGCAGGCUGUGCCUUCUGCAGGGGCAGUCUCCACAGGGACAGCGUCUUCAAUUGUAUCUUGUUUUCCUAUGGAUUCGAGAUAAUACCAGCAACGCUACUUUCCUGUAACUGAUUGGUGUAAACUUAAUAAAUAUCUAAGCAGUA